AUGUGUACCAUUAUUAAAGGCGGUGUUGUAACUUCUAUCUUUCAAACAGAUGAUCAUAUCAUUAAAAUGCUGGUAAAUGACUGUGGUGGACAUGGGAGGGCCCUCGAAGUUUUACAGGAAAUCUUAAAAGACCGUGAUAUUCAAAAUGUAAACAUCAACGAUAUGAUGAAUGAUUUGCGCAUUAGACUUUAUGACGGGUACCGUGAGGCACUUAUGUUAUCACCUAGUGAAGCUAGAGCUAUUGCACAAGCAACACUUACUCGACAUCUCUUGAAAUUUAAUAAGCAUGUUCCUGGCACAAAUAAGUAUCCCGAUCAUAUUGUACAACCUGGGCUAAUUCGUUAUAUUCGUGAAAGUAAUUCCAUACUUAAAGACUGGUCCUUCUGCGACUAUGGAGACCAUAGGUCCAACGAAAAUCUGACAUGUCCACCAGGGUCACAGUUUUGGCAACACUUUGAACAUUUUGUUGCUUCUUUUCGCACACUAAAAUCAAGAAAUCUAAAUGAUGGUGAAUUAACAUCGAUCUCAAGAAUUCAUAUUGGAGCGCGUUUGAAUGGUGAUUUCGAAUUUAAGAAUCAUCAUUUGGAGUUGGAAUGCGCAGUACACCAAGAAGACAAAUUCAUCAAACUAUGGAAAGG